GUGCCGUUUGUUCACUUGCCGUACUUACAACAAACCUCGUACUCGUUCCAUUGCGUAGCAACUUAAUCCUCCAAAACCCCAGCAAUGUAAAAGCGCUUCAAACGGCACACCGAACGGCAGCGCUUGGCCGCGAUACGUGUUGUGUAAAAUUCACGUCCGCUCGCUCGCUUGCAGUGUUUGUAUGCGUCUCACCCUGUCGGAGGGGGCAGAGAAAAAAAAACCCCGCCGGAACGUUGUACGGCAGUGUGUGACUACCUGUAGUACUUUAACCAUAGUGGCCUUGAACACUGUCUGCGGCUGCGACAAGUGGGGGUAGUGUCAAGUGAUAAAAAUACAAAUCAAACCCUUUCGCGAAGCGGGAACGUUGAUUUGGGUGUAAAAUGGUAUGGUACCGCGAACAAAACAUAGCUUUCACCGGUGCCACACGACGUGCCCACUGAGCGAGAAUCGAAUCGUACACCACGGGGUAGCAGUGCAGCGCCGGGCCGGAAAUGUGUAACGAAUCUGAAGCGUCCGUCGCGUUUGAAAAUCGAUCGAACCGUUAACCGCUUUGCCUAGUAGUCAGCCGCCAGCAUCAUCAGCAUACCGGACGCGCACCAACGAUGAUCGGCACCGUGUCAGUAACGACGGGUAAAACGCUCGCGUAUCGCUGACACUUUGUCACCCUUGGGUUGUGAAAAUUUCUUCUUUUCCUACACACCCUCGUCCGGCGCUAUAUCCCCCAAACCGUGUGCAAUCGGGCGGACGCGAAUCAGAUGAUGAGUUUGUGCGGCUGGCUGAAAACCUUCAAGCGCAAGGGGAAAAAUGCUGUCGGUGCCGAUGAGGACGCUGGUGGCAGGACGGGGUGUGAUGUGGACGAAACGCGCGAAGAAACUGGCGAAGCUGACGAACCGGGGCCAACGAAUGGCAAACGCAGUGGGGGUUGGGGUCGGAAAAUUAAAAGUGUCACUAAACUGGUGACUGGCGAGCGGCGGGAGGAAGCUGCGCCGAAGGGAAAGGAUGCGAAUUUGGACGAAAAUGAACCCGCCGGCGAUGAUGGCCCGGUCGAAUGUGAUGAUGAAGGCAACCCUCGCAACAAAACCGCACUGAAGCCGGGCCAUUCGCUGAUGGACUGGAUCCGGCUGGGCAACUCGGGCACCGAUCUGACCGGCACCGGGGGCCGCAUCGUACCCGUCAGCCAUGCGGAGCUUGCCAAGCACGAUCGGGCAGAAGACGCCUGGAUGGCAAUACGGGGGAAGGUGUACAACGUGACGCGAUACAUGAACUUUCAUCCCGGAGGUGCCGAUGAGCUGAUGCGUGGUGCCGGCAAGGAUGCAACAAGACUGUUCGAGGAGGUGCACGCCUGGGUGAACUACGAAUCCCUGCUGGCGAAGUGCUACAUCGGUCCACUGCGCAACACGGUUACCAUUAAUCUGGCGGACAGCAGCACCAACCCGAACAGUAAGCUACCACCGCCACCGCCCUCGUUUGCCCAAGCGUCCAAGCUGAGCGCCACUGCCACACCAACGUCACCACCAACGCCCACCAAGGAUACGACUGAUACGGCGUCCACCACGCCCCCACCGCCAUCGAUCGUUAGCUCGGCCAGUGACGAUUCGCUGAAGCUGUCCAUACCGAUCGUGCCACGGUUUGACUGGAUCCAGAAGACUGCCGAACUGACGCUCAUCUUCUACACCCGCUCGCUUGCCAACCCGGGCGUGAUGGUGGAGUGCGUCGACCAUCUCGAGGUGACGGUAAACAUACUGCUCGAGUCGAGCGUCCAGCACCGGUACCGGUUCCAUCUCGCCAACAACGUCCGGUGGCCGUGUACCGUCCGUACGUCGCUCGAGUCGGGCAAGAUCGAGCUGAUGUUUAACAAGCUCUGCCCCGCACUGUGGACCAGCUACGGGCAGAUGACGUACGAGCGGCGGGAAAACUGUGAGCUGCAGCUGCACGAGUACGACGUGGCAACGCGCGUGGAAAUUACGCACGAUUCCUGUGCGCUGCUGUUGCGGCCGAAAAACAACAGCCUGCUGCAGGUGACACCCGUCGGGCAUCACGUGUCGGUGUCGGCUUCGAUCGACGGAGAGUACGUGUCGCGGAGCUACACACCCGUCCCGGCCAGCUGCGUCAGUACGGACUGUCCGGGCACGUUCAUACCGCUGCUGGUGAAGUCGUACCAGGACGGGUGCCUGUCGAAGCAUCUGACCCGCCCGGUACCGCUCGGCACGUCGCUGCAGGUGUCCCAGCCGAGCGGCAACUUUGCGCUGAGCAAGCUGCGGCAUCACAAUCGCUUUGCGCUGCUGGCCGCCGGCAGUGGACUGACGCCGAUGCUGGCCUUACUGCACUAUCUGCUCGAACGGAACAGCAAUCGUAUUGAGCACAUCUGUCUGCUGUACUUCAACAAAACCGAGGCGGAUAUCUGGUGCCGAGAGAUGCUGGAAAAUUUAUGCAAAAAGGACAAAAGAUUCACCCUGAAGCAUUACUUAUCGGAAGUGGAACUACCGGAACCAACGGCACCUGCUGCUGCUGCUGCUACUGACAGUGAGGGAAACCGUUCAACCCUUGUCCACGGGCGAGUGACGCCGGACAUCAUCCGUCAGCUGACGACAAAGGAUUCACCGCUGUACGCCACCUACUGCUGCCUGUGCGGUCCGAAACCGUUCAACGAACUGUGCCAGCAGUACUUCCAGCAGAUGCCCGACCACAACCCAAAGCAUCUGCACUGCUUUCAGGGUUAGAUGAUGACCAGAAGAGGGGGAGAAAAGGCGUGUUAUGACGACAUUGUGAUAGAACCAUUGCUACACUGCACACAAACACAAAGAAAAAAAACACUUGCUAUUUACAUCACAAGCAACAGCAAACAAAACACAGCAAACAAAAAUCUUUCCAAAAAGGAGAAAACAAAACAUUAAUAGCAGAGACGUUUUAGUACACGACGCAUUAAUUCACUUCACGAUCAGAUAGAGGUUUUAGCACAAAGUGCACCCCGCCGUCAAACAGGCCGUUGUUAAGCUAGAACAGAAAUUGUGUAGCAAAAUGUAAAUGCACCCACGCGUGUCACGCGAGCACCACCGUGUAGAGAUGCUGUUUAGAGAAGAAUGUUUAUAAACCUCAAAAUUAACCCAUUAGGAGGAGCUUCGUUUCCUUUUGAAUUUCCUUUCGUUUGCUAAAUAAUUUUCAAUUUCGAACAAUUUUCCUGAACAAAACCAGAUUUAAGCGGAGAAGAUAUUUAUAAAGGUGAUAAAGUAGAGGCAGAAGAUUCCGUGUUUUGUUGUCAAACAGGAGUAGACCGGGCCGCCACUGGACCUAGAACAGAUGCAGCAACUGGGGGUACAGCACAGGAUGUUAUUUAUUUAGAAUCAAUAUGUUAUAAUCAAUCUAAAAUGUGUUCAUUUCAACAUCGCUCUUAAGUGUGUAUGGAAAAGGGUAAACACAAGAACAAAGAAAUGAAAAGAAGCCAUUAUUUUUGUACGCAUAUCCUCCCUAAAGUGAAACAGGCACUCACACACACACACACACACACACACACACACACACACG